GCUGCCCCUGUGGCCCCUGGGGCGGGGGCUGCUGCGGCGCCAGCUCCAAGGGCGGAUCCAGGCGGGAGGGGCCUCCUGGGAGAAGCGGGGCGCGGUCCCAACUACGCAGAGGCUCGCACGCCGACCCUCCACACCUCACUACGCCCCCAUCUCCGUCCGUGUACACACACUCACGCAAGCACGCCAACCCCACCUAGAUGCAAAGCAGGAUUCAAAAGAACAUCUUUGCGUUUUCUACCGGCUCCCCAUCGUCGUACUAGGGAGGAAGAAGCGGGUGAGAAACAAAACUUCUUUCCAUUGUCCUUCCCGUUUCUGCCGACUUGUUCUGAGGCCGAGGCACCUCUAAGGUACUGAUGGCUCUGGCGAGGACCCAUUCAUUCCUUCUGCUUUUGCUGCUGACCCUGCUGGGGCUGGGGCUGGUCCAGCCCUCCUAUGGCCAGGAUGGCAUGUACCAGCGAUUCCUGCGGCAACAUGUGCACCCUGAGGAGACAGGUGGCAAUGAUCGCUACUGCAACUUGAUGAUGCAAAGACGGAAGAUGACUUUGUAUCACUGCAAGCGCUUCAACACCUUCAUCCAUGAAGAUAUCUGGAACAUUCGUAGUAUCUGCAGCACCACCAAUAUCCAAUGCAAGAAUGGCAAGAUGAACUGCCAUGAGGGUGUAGUGAAGGUCACAGACUGCAGGGACACAGGAAGUUCCAAGGCACCCAACUGCAGAUAUCGGGCCAUGGCGAGCAUUAGACCUGUUGUCAUUGCCUGUGAGGGUAACCCACAGGUGCCUGUGCACUUUGACGGUUAGAUGCCACCCUGUAGGGAUUAUCACGAGUGGUUGAUCCUACAUUUACUCCUUAAAUAGCAGUGAGUAAUGCAUUUGAGCUGUCCCAGGCUCUGUCUCCUCAGCUCAUUUCUUAUUCUUUUUCUCUAUAUAACUCAUUCUAAUAAAUACAUUGCACCAAAGAGAAAUGGAGACAUAAACCUAUAAUGAAUGAGGCUGGGCUUUUCUGUAAUAAGCUUCCUUUUAUAAUACUGGUCAGCUUAGCUCUCUCAGAUCCUAUCCUGUGGAAUUUAGUUAUUAUGUGUAUUUAUGUAGUAUUUCAAACAUUUCAAAAUGCUUUCAUCUAUGUUUAUCACAUUUUAAUACCACAGCACUUAUAAUGAUGUCAUUACAUAUAGAAGCUCAAAGUUAAGGGAUUUGCUGAAGACUAUAAAGUUAAUGGAAGAAUUGAGACAAAAAUCCAGUGUAGCUGGCCACUUAUCCAGGGCUUUUUCUACUUCAUCACAAGGAAUGUUUUGAAAGUGUCUGCUUUUUUUAUCCUUAAAAUUCACCUGUCGGGGGAGGCAUUAAAAAUUUGGAAAUGUAUGCCAGCAAAAUGUGAGCUCUGUAUUUUUUGGCAUUCUUAUGUUUUGGUUGAAUAAGAUUAAGAGGCCGGGCGCGGUGGCUCACACUUGUAAUCCCAGCACUUUGGGAGGCCAAGGCGGGCGGAUCACAAGG